UGUGCUUCAGUACAAUUUCUCAUACGACCAGCAUAUCCAAUGGAAAUUACAACAACGACGAAUAUAAUAAGGAUGAUGGAUCAGACAAUAACGGCGAGUGUGAUGGGACCGGAAAAAUAGAACAACCGUCGCUGAAAUACAACGAGAAGGAAGGGAAAAAUGAAUGGAUGUCGCUUCCAGCAAAUGAGAAACAAUUAUAUGAUUUGUUUCUCAGUGGUAAACGCCACCCUGCAAUGAAGAUGGCUGAUACGGCAAUGAAAAUGAAGAGAUCACCAAAUCAAGUGUUUCUAUUGCUUGUUGGCUUGAGUGGCUCUGGAAAAAGCUCAACAGUUAAUAACCUGUUCGAAACGAAUAUUGCAAGAACGAGUGGUAGCAAGUCAGAAACGCGCUCGACAACUGAAUAUAUGUUACAGAUGAAAUCCAAUGAAUGGAGAAUUCCAGACCUAACACUUUCACUAAUAGAUACUCCGGGUUUUGGUGAUACUGGUGGCUUAGAGCAGGAUGCCAGGAAUAUAAUGUCUAUAAAAUAUUUUCUAAACUCACAUCCAAAUUUGACACAAAAUAAUUAUCCAAAUUUGGUGAUGAUAGUACAGAGUAUUAAUGACAACCGAAUAGAAGGAGAAAGCUCCAGUUUUGCUAAAAUGUUAAAAGGAUUAAGCCAAAUUGGCACAAUUGACCAUUACAAUCCAAAUGUUGUAAUUGUUCUUACGCAUGCUACAUCUAUUGCUCGGAAUGCAAAAAUUUGGGAAGAAAAAGUAAAAAAGAAAAAAGAAGAAGUUAGAGCAAUUGUUCGGCUUUAUCUAGGUAUCAAACCAGAGAUCGUGGUUCAAGAAAAUUUCCCAGAGGAGAACGAUUUAGAACGUGAUGGCGAUUGGUAUCUUUUACCUAAUCGUGACAAGCAGCCAAAAAUCCUCUAUCAAGCAUGUAAAAUAAUUUUGGAUCGAGCUGGCGACAAAUUAGGACAUGAAGCCGUUGCAGUGGGCUUUAGACAUGGUAUUAACAAAACUGUUCUUAAGGGGUAUAGUAUUUUAUCAUCUAAGGUUACAUCGAAAGAUGCAGAAAAAAUGUAUACAAUUUUAAUUCAAUCGAUAGUACUAAUACCUUCUUCUUCUGAGGUAGGUACCAUGCUAGAGAAUUACAAGAAAAAGAAAAAUAUGACCGAUCUUGAUAAUGAUAUCUUGAUUCUUCAGGUAAAAUUUCGGGAUCUUCAUAUUUCCAAUACUAUUGAUCUACAAACCAUGACAAUGAACCAAUUAAUGUCAAAAUUUCAUCCACUUAAAAUUACAUCUGAGAUGCAAAAGAUCUUAGGAGAUGUUUUUGGUUUGCAUUAUAAACAAGUAAAAGGGAUUGACUACCAUGUCGGGAAAGGGUAUAAUAUUUUUACUGAUACAGUGACACUGAAGUCACCUCUAGUGAUGGAAGAACAUAGCGACCAGUAUGGACUACCCAUUAAUAUAGUUAAAUGAAUGUUCGGUGUUCAAAAUCAUAUUUGAUUCUGUAAAGGAUAUCAAGGAAUAUAUAAGUGAAAGACUUAGAGAAUUACACAUAAAUGUUGGUGGAUUAAUAAACUUUAAGGCCUUUAACAUAAAACUUCGAAGCGGUUACAGUAAAGAAAGCUCAACAAUUAAAACAUUUGCAGUUGAACAUAGAAAUCGGAAAGUAACAGUUACACAGCCGUUUCAAAUCAAUAUAGAAUUUAAGGAUGCAGUCAGAGCUCUACCUGAAGACAAUGACCUAACUAAUGAAAUAAAUGUGAUGAAGUGGAAAGCUUUUUUUGACAAGUGGGGAAUGUAUGUCGUAACCGGUGCAUAUAUAGGAGGCUCCUUAACUGGUCGGAUCAAAAUUGAAGAUGGACAGUCUUUCGAAGAUUCUCAAAUAGAUUUGGAAACAAAAUUCUCAUUUCUAAUGAGAGAUUAAGAAACAUAUUAUUCCAAUACAGACAAAGACAGUAGUUUUCGCAAAGGUUCAUCUGCCGUUCAUUCAAUGUCAUUAGAGUGGAACGGUGGUAACACGAAAACUUACAAGACAGCUUUAGACAAAAUAGAACAAAGUGAUUGGAAAGCAUGGAUUGAAUCAUUAGAAUAUUCUCCUGUUCCUCUCUGGAAUUCUCUUGAUUUGUAUCCCAUCUAUCACAUUGCAUCAGAAAUAAGCGAACAGAAAGGUAUAAUGAUGCAAAAGGCUAUGAGUAUAGCUUUAAUUGACGAGUUCAAUUAUCAGAUUCCAAAUGCAGAGGAAGAUAAUAGGGAAAAUACGGGUAAAUCAAAUAAAGCUGGUUACUGUUUUCAUGAAGAUUCUGUUAAAGUGCUCCAUGAUGGGAAAGAGAAAAAAAUGAAAGAUCUUACAGUAGGUGAUAGGGUUUUCGUAUUAGACGACAAAGGUAAUCUUAUGCAAGAUGAAAUGAUUGCAUGGCUGCAUCUUCUAAGAACUGGUAUUUUCAAAUUUCUUAAAAUAACCCACGAAUUUGGAGAAAUCAAACUAACACCUGAUCAUGUUAUAUUUGUUGGAGAAAACAGAUCCCCACAGCAUGCCUCCACUAUCAGUCCAGGAGAUAAGCUCAGCGUUUUAAUGACUGCUCAAGACCAUAAGACAGUUUAUAUGACUACUGUAUUAUCAGUACAGACAGUGAAUGGAACAGGAGUAUAUGCUCCCUUGACCUACAAUGGACGCUUAUUAGUUGACAAUGUAGAUGUUAGUUGUUACAGUACCCUGGAUCAUUUACAAGUCAUGGGACAGGAUGUGAUGUCAUCACAUGCACUUGCACAUCUGGCUUUCUUCCCGUUACGAAUGGCCUUUACAUUUGGUUUGGACAUCAAUGAUAAUGAAUAUGAUGACGGUACUGGGAUUCAUGGCUACGCAAGAUGGUUACUGGAGUUGUACUGGACUUAACAUAUAAAGUGAAGGUAAAUGUACAUUUACGCAAGACGUUUUGGUUAGAUGACUGUUACGUAAAACCUGUGAACUUAAGUGAUCUCUGUACAAUCUAAAAGUAUGUUCGUUAUCAAUUUUAAAGUGUUUAAAUGUUGACAACUUUUUACG